CAUCAAACUUGGAAAGAAAAACGCAGAGGAAGAUGAUACUCCAUCUUGCCAGUGGCAUCUUUUGCCGUCUGAAAGAUCAGAUGAGCGACCAGGAGUGAAGGGGAAAAAAUAGAUCAUGUCGGAGUUCUGGCUAAUUUCUGCCCCAGGAGAUAAAACAAAUCUGCAGGCCUGGGAGAGAAUGAACACGGUGACAUCUAAAUCCAACCUGUCCAGCAACAGCAAAUUCCCUAUUCCAGACUUGAAGGUCGGGACACUGGAUGCUCUGGUUGGUCUCUCAGAUGAGUUGGGAAAACUUGAUAGCUUUGCUGAAAGCGUAAUAAAGAAAAUAGCCCAGUACAUUGGAGAAGUUAUGGAGGACUCAAAAGAUAAAGUCCAGGAAAAUCUUUUGGCCAAUGGAGUUGACCUAAUCAGCUAUCUGACCCGGUUUGAGUGGGACAUGGCCAAAUAUCCCAUAAAGCAGCCACUGAGGAAUAUAUCAGAAGCAUUAGCAAAGCAAAUCACUCAGAUAGAAACAGACCUGAAGACCCGAGCAGCUGCAUACAACAACAUUAAAGGAAAUUUGCAAAGCCUGGAAAAAAAAACUGUGGGAAAUUUGCUGACCCGGACCCUAGCAGACAUUGUGCAUAAAGAAGACUUUGUUCUGAAUUCUGAGUAUCUUAUCACACUCCUAGUCGUAGUGCCAAAGUCAAGCUAUGUGCAGUGGCAGAAGACCUACGAGUCCCUCUCCGAUAUGGUAGUGCCUCGCUCCACAAAAAUGAUUGCUGAAGAUGCAGAGGGAGGACUCUUCACAGUAACCCUAUUUAGAAAAGUGAUGGAUGACUUCAAGGCUAAAGCCAGAGAGAACAGGUUCAUGGUUCGAGAAUUUUAUUUUGAUGAGAAAGAACUGAAAUGUGAAAAAGAAGAGCUGAUGAAAUUAGCUUCCGAUAAGAAGCAACAGUAUGGUCCACUGCUGCGCUGGCUGAAAGUGAACUUCAGUGAAGCAUUCGUGGCUUGGAUUCAUGUGAAAGCCUUGAGAGUUUUUGUUGAAUCUGUCCUGAGGUAUGGCCUCCCAGUAAAUUUCCAGGCAAUGUUGCUGCAGCCAAACAGGAAGUCCAUAAAACGCCUGAGAGAUGUCCUAAAUGUGGUCUUCAAACACCUGGAUGAAGUCGCAGCAGCAAGUAUCAUGGAUCCUGGCGUGGACAUCCCUGGUUUACAACUGAAUAACCAAGAAUACUAUCCAUAUGUCUAUUUCAAGAUUGACCUCAGUCUUCUUGAUUGCAGCUAAGAAAGAAAAAAAAAUUUGCUCAAACAUAAAUCUAUUCAUUUCCAAGCUUCUAAUGUUACAGUAAAAUGAAGCUUCUGCUGCUGAAAAAAAAAGAAAUUAGAAUGCAGGUAUCUCAGUAGCAGGAUAACGGUGUAAAGACUUUCCUAACAAUUCCAAUAAUUUAAAAUGACUUCAGUAUAAGUGGCUCUGGUUCACGGUUUUCAGAAAACAUUUCAGAGGCAAAAGGUACUAUGGUAGCAUUUAUUGUUUUUUGGUAAGUUACAAAGAUGGAAUCUUUAGUGGACUUGAAAUAAAAUGAAUUUUAAAAAAGAGCAUGGUGGCUAAUGGAUUUACUAGGUGUGUACAGUCAUGGUUUUAUAAACAAAGCAGACUUAAAAACAGAAGUAGAGAGCAUCAGAGCAAAACCCCAAGCUUUAAUCUUAAAAAGGUUAAGAAGUCAGAUCUUCAAAGACUGCUGUAUAACUUAUUGUAACGUUACUUACAGUCCCCAGUACUCGCAAGUUUAGUUUCAACUGAAGUGUCUUGGCAAAAACAUGUUCAUUAGAGCUUGUCUGCUGGGAGAGCUUAGAGGCAGAGCAUGUAUUUCCUGUCCCAAAUCAGUGGUCAAAUUUUCAUUUGCUACCAGCAGCCAUUACAUACGUUGCCCUUAGCUCAUCCCUAUAAAAGGCACUCUCUUACAGAGAACACUGGGUUACAAAUAUCCAUAUGAAAUUAUUUCCAUGAAAGCAUGUGAACAUCCAGUUUUUUCAUUCUUCUUAUAAAUUAGGCUGAUCAUACAAGGGUCACUUCACUAGACAGUGAUACGCAAAGCAGCAGUAAUACCACAGUAUUUUUUUAUUAAAUACUGAUGGGAAGUGAAGAAAUAUCAAAUUUACAGGAGACAGCAAUUCAACUCUUUUCUGACAGCAACUUCUCUAGCCAUUUCAUAAAAUGGGAUUAGCUUCACUGCUAACCCUCGGGAAAGACCGACAGCACCCAGUUCAGCACCAGUUUCUACUAGAUGCAUCUCCCAUUUGAGCAGCAACCCAACUUUUGUUGUAUUAACGAUCAUAUCAAUUCUGACACAAAGAAAGAGAAAGCCCCUGAGAAGGAGGAGGUAAAGGAAGACUAAAGAGCAUUUAAACUAAGAUUGUCUAAUCAGGCUUUAGGCCAAACCACUGAAGAUCUUUCACAGCAGGGGGGUGGUUUAGGACUCCACUCUCCACCAGCCUCUCUGUACUACAAUUCAUUUUUCAAGAGUCAUCCAAACCUGGAUAGUUUUUAUCAUGUGCACCCUUGUUACUCUGUACAAGACUAACACUGUGUCAAAAAUAUUUUGUUUUAUUCUUUAAUUGAAACAGAAGCUGACCAGGUUCCACCUCAAUGAAAAAAAAAAAAUCACAUUUAAAAUCAGCUACAUUAACCUUCAAUAACAUUCAAAUAGCACAUACUGUCUCAAAAAAAAAAAAA